AAGGAUUCUUCCUUUUUCAGAGAUUUUGAUACUUUUAUUUUGCUUAACAUUUUGAUAAUCAUUAUUCAUUAGUUAAUAUUCCAUUUUCAUUAGUACGAUCUAUUUUAGUUAUUUAAGAAAGUACUUAAGAUUUCUAUAUUACUCGUUUGUUACUCAUUAAAGGUAGAGGGUGCUCCGGAAGUUUUAUCAGACUAGCUAGCUCGAGAAAGAGAAGAGGAAAUUCUUUGGAUUUAAUUAAGAGCUUUUAUCUGUUUUACUCUGAAGAGAGUCUGCUAAGUUUAAAUACCUAUGGAGACCGGUGCAAGCAGUGACAAAAAUGGCUAUGAAGUAAUCAAGAAUGGUUCAUGGUUUAUCCAAUUUCGUAAUGGCUACAAUCCAUGGAUGGCUAGAUAUGUGUAUGGUCUAAUGUUCCUCUUGGUGAAUCUGCUGGCUUGGGUUGUCCGUGAUUAUGGCCGAGGUGCCUUGACAGAGAUGAAAAAAUUUAAGAAUUGUAAAGAUGGGCUAAACUGUUUAGGGACUGAAGGAGUUUUACGGGUUAGCUUGGGAUGUUUUCUAUUUUAUUUCAUUAUGUUUCUCUCAACCGUCGCUACGUCAAAGACGCAUUCAUCAAGAGAUAAAUGGCAUUCAGGAUGGUGGUUUGCUAAGCUUCUAAUGUGGCCUGGAUUAAUCAUAUUCCCUUUCUUGCUGCCUUCUUCUAUCAUUGACCUUUACGGGGAGAUUGCACAUUUUGGUGCAGGGGUCUUUCUCUUGAUACAGCUUAUUAGUAUCAUCAGUUUCAUUACAUGGCUCAAUGAAUUUUUCCUAUCCCAAAAAGACGCAGAGAGAUGCCAUGUCCAUGUGAUGCUACUAGCAACUAUUGCGUAUACCUUAUGCAUAUUAGGUGUGAUUUUGAUGUACAUAUGGUAUGUGCCUGAUCCAUCAUGCCUUCUCAACAUAUUUUUCAUCACAUGGACUUUGUUCCUAAUCCAACUCAUGGCAAGUAUCUCUCUACAUCCCAAAAUAAAUGCUGGAUUCUUGACUCCCUCGCUUAUGGGGCUUUAUGUUGUUUUCAUCUGCUGGUGCGCCAUUAGAAGUGAGCCAGUAGGAGAAAUUUGCAACAGAAAUGCUGAAUCUUCUAGCAGAACGGACUGGCUUACCAUCAUAAGCUUUGUGGUUGCACUGCUUGCGAUGGUAAUCGCGACAUUCUCCACGGGAGUAGAUUCACAAUGCUUUCAGUUUAGAAAAGAUGAGAACCAAGAAGAAGACGCGAUUCCUUACGGAUACGGAUUCUUCCAUUUUGUGUUUGCUACGGGAGCAAUGUACUUUGCAAUGCUACUUAUUGGUUGGAAUAUUCAUCAUUCCAUGAAAAGGUGGACUAUUGACGUUGGGUGGACAAGUACUUGGGUUAGGAUAGUAAACGAAUGGCUUGCGGUUUGCAUUUACAUUUGGAUGUUGGUGGCUCCAAUGAUACUGAAGAACAGACAAACAACAUAAGAGCUACUUGUCACCUCUCUGUAUUAUGAAAACCAGACAGAUGUUUUCACCAUCAGUUUGGAUCUGACCAGAAAAAUAGAUAGAAUAUUAUGAUUGGGGAAUUGUGUUAAAUCAUAUGUUUGUAUUUGUGUAGGAUACAAGCUAUUGAUUAAUAUUAAGUUAUUAACUGUGAUCCUCAUGGGGGUUUCUAUUAUACAUCCCCUAUAUAUUAAAAGAGAAGCAUUACAACA